CACCUACAUUUUACAAAUAUACGCCCAUCUUUUUGAUAGAUCCAUACAUGUCUCUCCCAAACCUCCCACUCUUUCUCCCUCUCUUUCUCCUCCUCAUCCUCCCUCUCCUCACCACCUCCACCCAUGCAGCCACUUUCGAGAUACGAAACCAAUGUCCGUUCACCGUCUGGACCGCAGCUGUCCCAGGUGGGGGCCAACAGCUAGCCCGGGGCCAAUCAUGGACCAUCAACGUAAGCCCGGGCACGGCUGGGGCCCGCAUCUGGGGCCGGACCGGGUGCACCUUCGAUGCUAACGGUCGAGGCCGUUGCCAGACAGGCGACUGCGGCGGACUCCUCCGCUGCCAGGGGUUCGGCCAGCCACCGAACACUCUGGCCGAGUACGCUCUCCGGCAAUUCAACAACCUCGACUUCUUCGAUAUAUCGCUCGUUGAUGGCUUCAACAUCCCUAUGGACUUCAGCCCUGUAUCUGGCGGUUGCACACGCGGCAUAAGAUGUGCGGCUGAUAUCAACGGUCAGUGUCCAGCUCAGCUGCGGGCCCCGGGCGGGUGUAACAACCCAUGUACGGUUUUUAAGACAGAUCAGUACUGUUGCAAUAGUGGGUCAUGUGGGCCCACUGACUACUCUAGGUUCUUUAAGACCCGUUGCCCAGAUGCAUAUAGCUAUCCUAAGGAUGAUAAAUCCAGCACGUUUACUUGCCCAUCUGGUGCUAACUAUAGGGUUGUGUUUUGUCCAUGAAACCCUCUCUCUGGGCUCAGCUAUGUUAAGAACCAAAAAAUAACAUCUUUUGAAAUCAGAUGUAAGGUUUCAAAACGCUAGUGAAAUAAAAUGGGUCCCAUCAUGUGGCCCAUGACCCCAUGUUUUUGCA